CUGAACCUGACUGACCACAUCCGAAACAUGUUUCGCUGGGUCUUUUUUUGACAAUUUUUUUACAAGUAUGCCACUACUCCAGCGCCUACUCGACUUCGGACUGUAUGCAUGUGGGACUGUCAGGGUUAACAGAGUUGGUUUUCCUAAGGACUUGAAGAAACCUCGAGAACUAACUAACCGUGGGGACUUCAAGAUUCUUCAACAUGGUGACACCAACUUGACAGCUACUGUGUGGAAAGACAUGAGGCUUAUUCACCACAUGUCUACCCUCAGCGAUCCGUGUGACACAAGGGAUGCCCAGCGACGGUUUGGUAGGGAAGUCUUACAACUUCGUCAGCCCCACACAGUGUUUGCGUACAAUAAGUUUAUGGGUGGAGUGGACUUACAUGACCAAUUCAGAGCAAAGUAUAGUGUAGGCAGUUGUUCCAAAAAGUGGUGGAAGUAUCUCUUUUGGUUUUGCCUCAACUGUGCUAUAGUGAACGCUCAUAUUGUUUACAAGGCCGUGUUAACCAGACCAACAAAGAGGAAGCGCUUCACCCAGUUAGAGUUUAGACAGGAACUUCUUCGUUCACUUAUUGGCGGGUUCUCAAAAAGGAAACGUACUACUGGGGGUGUCGUCUUCAAACCACUGGUUGACACUGAGAACAUUUCUGGUCAUGUGAAUGUUAGGAUGCCUGGGGCCAGAACAACAUGAAAAUAUCACAGAAAGCAACUCAAUGUAAGGAGGGAUACACAAUAUGGAUGUUCUAUAUGUAAUGUUCACUUGUGUAAAGAGUGUCACGUACAUUACCACAACCUGGCAGCAGCAUAGUGUGACUAAAAAUAUGGAA